GUUGAAAGUGUCAAUUUUGACAGGUUGCGUCCUGCCGCGAAAAUUUCGAACAGCAGCAAACAACCACCAUCAACACCACAUCCACAAACACACACCACGACAUCCACAUCCACACACAACCACCUCUGUCGACCACAUACAUCCAUCAUGGCUGACGUGUCGACGCCUGCGCCAAAGAGGGACCGUCGCCGAGUGAGCAUUGUGGCUCACCGUCGCGCUCUUGGAUCACCGCGAUCGCCCAUGACGCCAGGGGCCAAGUUCCGUGGCAACAACGACAAGCUGGAGAAGCUUGCUCGUCGCCGCUCCAUGGCCAUGCAAGUGGCAGAGAAGAAGAUGAACACCAGCCCCUUCAAAGCACCGCCUCCAAACAACCUCCGCGCGGGGGUGCCGCCAAAACCAAACCAAACUGCACAGGUUGCCUCGGGCAUGAGUGCCAGCCAACUGACAGACUUGUACGCCAAUUGCAUCAAGAUGUGCAGCGAGAACAAAAUCAACCAAAAGAACUCCUGGGAGCUGCCACUCAUCGACUACAUCACAGAUGUCAUGUCUGCACGCCCGGGCGAGCUGACCAACUUUCAGAUGGCCAGUGUGACGCUGGACGCAAGCGUGAAGAUCUACUCUUGCCGUGUCGACUCCAUCCAUUCAGAGGCGUACAAGGUCCUGGGCGGCAUCAGCCGUUCCGAUAAGAAGGCAGGGGCCCUCACGGACAACCAUGACGACGACGAAGACGAUGACGAGAAUGGCGGGAAGAAGAAGCGCAAGCGCCGCGCCCGCGCCGUCAACACACUCGAGAGCAACCCAGCCUCGCUCAACGUCAAGAAGUUUGAUCUCCAGUUUGACGUGGACCCGCUCUUCAAGCAGACCUCUGCUGCGUUUGACGAGGGCGGUGCACGCGGGCUGCUGCUGAACCACCUGACUGUUGAUGAGACCGGCACGCUGGUCUUUGACUCGCAGGGUGGCGACUUCAAGUACGACAAGCAGGACCCAGACAUUCCCGACGAAGCGUAUGAGUCGCUCUUCGGCGAGUGGAAGCAAGAAGUCGAGGACUUUGAGUCGCUGCAGAUCUGCCCGAGCUUGGCUGACUUUGUGUUCAUGGGUUGGGAGCCCACUGUGAACGGCGGCGGCGACGAUGCAGAGACAGUUGCGGUGACAGGGCAGAAGCAGCAGCAGCAACGCGUUCCCGCCACUCCCAUGAAGGUCAACAUGAAUGCCGAGGGUGGCUUCAACCUGAACCAAUCAGAUGAUGAUGGAGACGACUUUUAUGACGCGUUUGCGGAUGCGUUUGAGGACACGAUGAUUGCAGGCGGUGAUGACAACAAUGUCACUCGCAUCGCCGCCCAAUCGCGCGCAGCAAAGCCAGCUCUGGGUUUGGCGCCCUUUUCCCAGGCAAUGACGCUGGCGCUGCAGGAUGGGACAACGUCGGAGUACUCGUACUUCAAUGAAGCCGCAAUGAAGAACUGGGCCGGUCCAUCGCACUGGAAAUUCCAAAAGAAGACAGAGAAAAAGGGUGACGACAAAGCGUCCCAGUCAAAGAAGAAGAAGAAGGAAAAGUUCUUCAUUGACUUUGAUGGCGAGGCACCCGAUUGGACAGCGUGCUUUGCCACGAGCAGGGCGGCAACCACGCUUGCCAAAAGCACACUCAGCCGCAAACCUGAGGAGUUCCUGCUCCCAGUUGAUGUGCAAUACAAGUUGGAGUCGCUCACCAAGCUCUUCACAAACCCAGCCAUGCGGAUUGUUCGCAAGAGCGACGACGCCUCGGACGAUUACAGCGGCGGCGACGCGCAAUGGUAUGACUACAACAACCCGAACGACGCCAACAACUUUUGUGGAUUUGGUGACGGAGCCGCGUUUGCUGAGCACGAGGAUGAUGGCGCGGACUUUGGCGGUGAUGACGGCGCUGACAACUGGAGCGAUACAGAGCAAGCGCAAGGGCCAGCACGCGGGCUUGAGCCUGGCGAAAGUGGAGCUCAUGCAGGCAACAUAUCUGCACUGUUGCAGCGCGCACGCCCAUCCCAAUUCUCCCUCAUUGACGAGCCAACAAAGGCACAAAAGAUCCACAUCAACUAUGCCAAACAAGCCAAGCGCAUUAAUGUGAAGCAAGUCAAGUCCUCCAUGUGGUCAAAGCUGACGACGGCGCCGGAAGAGCAUGACGAUCAGGAGAACGGCGAGAGCAGUCACAACGUGGUUGAGUCCGCGUACGGACAGAAGUUCACGGACGUCACAAAGCAGCAGUCGUUUGCCGAGAUUGUUAGCGACGUGCCGAAAAUGGUUCCGCAACAAAUGGGCGAGCAGCUCUCUGUGCCCAUCAUGUUUGUGUGCUUGCUUCACCUGGCCAAUGAGAAGCAUCUCAAGAUCACGGGCGACACCACUGACGCCCUCAGCAUGGACGACCUCGCCAUCAUCCAAGGCUGAAGUGUGCGCGUGUGCGUAUGUGUGUGCAUGUGUGAGUAUGUGUGUGUAUGUAUGUGUGUGCAUGUGUGCAUGUGUGCGUGUGUGCGUGUGUGUGUUGAAACUGCCUUGCUUGCUUGCUGUCGUUCUGUGCGUCUCUUUGAGUGUGUCCGCGUUACAAAGUCAUGCGAAAGUAGCCACGCAGUGAGGCAGUGACGCGAGUCGUGUCUGGAUGCUUGUGCUGCUACUUCAUGUUGGCUUCCUUUCUUCGCUUCCUUUCUUCGCUUCCUUUGUCUUCUACUGUUGCGUGUUGUGGCAACCAGAGUGCAGAAAAUUUGGUGUAUCUUCAUACAAAUUUAAACUCGUCUUUGUG